CUUAACUCGAAUGAGAUCAAAGACAUUUUCAUCAAACCAGAAAGGAUUUUCACAGUAGAGAAGAAGAAGAAAACAGAGGCAAAAAUGCUUCACCUCGACCAACCGCCAUUGGCUCGAUCGACGCUCUUCGUUUUAUUUAUUUUUUCCUGCACAUGUCUAUCGCGUGCUCACAAUUCAGAUUUCACUAUAACAAAAGGCAGAUCAUUGAUGGGCAUUAAGGAGACGCCGGAUGGAGGAAAUGUCACCUUUGAUUGUUCUCCUUCGGGCCCUUGCAUACCCUGCUCGCGCUCUGAAAAGAAUGAUGAAAAGUAUCGUUGUAGCGAAACUGUAUAUCGCAUUCGUUUGAAAUGCAUUCCCUCUAAAGCUGAUUCGAAGGAUUCGAAAGUUUCGGAAGCACACAAGACAAGAUCUAUGCUUGAGCAUAGGAAUCUUGGUUCUAAUCAGCCUCGUAUGGACCGAUUUAUUUCCUCAAAAGUUCAAAGUAGGUUACUCGUUGAGUCAUCCAAAUCAAAAGGUGGAUCAGGUGCUUAUGUCACUUAUAGGAGCUGUAUACCUGCUGUAAAUGAUGAAAGAAUGUCAGUGCUAGGUUUUGAGGUAAGAUGCUGGCUUCACUAUGGAGCUUAGAGAUUGAUGAAAAAAGAUUUUUUACGUGAAAUAAUGCGCUGAGGUUAUGUAUGUGAUUUUCUGGUCACCUCAAAUAUGCAAACUAAUUUGGGUGUUAUCGAAUUUCCGCCAUGCCAUUAGAAACUUGUGAAGAUGGCGUUAUGGCAGUUGCAAUGGCGACUGCUAUUGCUGGAUUUUAGCCUGCCCCCAUUUUCUGCCAUCCGCCAUUGAUAACAUCAAUUUGAAUGUGUUAGAGGAUUAUUUCCACAUAAACUGUUUUGUUAGAGAUAUCAAUUUUAUUGACAUAGUAGAUGCAUGGGACAGGACUCGUUUGAAUGGUUAUGGUAUUAUGCCAGGCUUGGGAAAAAGAAAAAAAAAAAAUUAUGCUGUGUACUUUCAUAUAAAAGGUGAAACAGGUAACCUAGCUUUUUUAAAGGUAAUCCCUUUUUGUCAAAAAUGGUAGAAAAGAAUUGUACGAGGUGAGCGGGUUUGCUUUCUAUUUUGUGAGUUAAUAAUUUAACUCGUGAGGCUGGAAAAAUGUUGCAAGGGAUGGUAGAGAGUGAAUUUAGAAGAAAAUGGAUUAUAAAUUAGUUGGAAAAAACCUGUACUUUAACUCAGAUGUUCGUUUGUUCUUAUGCUUGGAAACUUACAAAAAGCCAAUUCUAAUUGAUGAAUUUUUUCAAAGAAUGAAUCCUUGCCAGGUCGAGAAGAACUUAUAUUUGGGCUUGGGCUAAUUAUAUGAAACAUGUACUUAAUGGGAUGUAUCUGAAAUGAUGACGUUCAACUGUAGUGGUGUGACUUGUAAGAAGUAAAAAAUCAGGGAAUAGUUCGAGAACGGUUGUGCUUAUGCAGGGAUACCUAUAUGUUAGAAUAAUGUAUGUAAAUAAAUGUCAAGCAAUAGCUUAGAGAAAGGUGGCAUUAUAUAUUGGGAAUGAUGCAAAGAAAAUACUGAACUUUCUCUCUUUUUUUUCUUCUUUAGUGAUGCUUGUGGUGACUCUUGAUAGAGUACAGUGGGUGGGGGCCUCAUGCAGAUGCUCUAUGCAAUAAUAUUGAGAUAAAGUUUCAUUGAUCAGGGAUUUCUUAAUUAUGAAAGUCGAUAAAUUAGUUGCCAUCAUCAAUUUGCAUGAGAGAUGACAAGUUGAUGUUUAUUUUAAACUUUUUUUUUUUUUCUGGUAGUUUGAGGUUGUGAAGUGAGUAUGUACUUGGAAUUGGGUUUUAAUUAUGCACCUUUCUUUAUUAGUCUUUAUUUUGAUAUGGUGUGAAACUGAUGAAAGAGAAUUGCAUUUGGAGGCCGCAUAAAUGUGUCCAUGUUUAUAUGCCAUAUGAUGGAGAAAGGGCUCCCAAUUGAUUGCCAUAAACUAUUUUGAAAGGAGAUAAAAGCCAACAGCUUUAGUAUAGAUAACAUUAAGUCGUGCGUCUCGUACUCGACUAUAAGUUAUUUUCAUUGCAUAAUCAUAUGCCAUUAUUUUCUACUUCUGAAUUUUGAGUUGAUUCACCAAGUUCCUGAUAUGAAAUAAGAUUUCAUUUAUGUGCAGGCACUUAUGUUAGCUAUGCUAAUAAGCAGUGGCUCUUUUAUAUACUUCAGACGAAAGAGAAGUAGUGCUGCAGUCGGUAGUGGGCCAAUGAGACUAUCUUCUAAUUCUAGGUUCUAAAUCUACACUGUGAUUUCUACUUAUAGGAACUCAUCUUUUCCCCUCUUCUUCUAUUUUCUUCUUUUAUCCUUUAUUUGGUUGCUUUCUUUCCUUUUUUUUUUCUUUUUCCUAGUUGUUUUUUUUAAUCUAACGAGUGUUGUAAGUUAUGGCCAAAAUCCAUAUUUUUGUCAUAUCGUCAUUUCCCUUGUAAUCAAGUGCCUUAUAGUGCAAUGAGUAUUGACUGGGUGACUUUUAAAUUGGCUUUACACGCGAUAGAUGUGGUUUAUUAUUUGAAGUGGCAAGAUACUUGGUCUUUGGGUUGAUUUGAUGUUUAUAGUUGUACUUUCUGUUGAUAGCAUAUGUUGUAGCCUCUAUUUCAGUAGUAAAAUAUUACCAUCUUACUUGGUCAUGUACUGUUGUUUAUUUUUAUUCUCUUUUUUAGGGCCGUCAUGUUUCAAAUUCCAGGCAUCAUCAAUCUUACGGCUUUUUUUGUAACUAGAAACAGAUUUGAGUGUGUUUUUCCUUUUAAGGUUUCAAAUCUCAGGCUGCAACCUUACAUCAUUUUUUUAGCUAGAAAUGUAGUUUAGUGGACUCGCAGGCAUCUCUCCUCGGCUUCAACAGGAUCUAAGAUGUGAACUUUGACUAGAUCGAAUCAGUGAUUGUGGAACUCGGCCCAGCAUGGUAUAUCUGAAGUGGCCCGAGAAUAAACGAGGAAGAUGUAACAAGAACUUGAUAAAGAAGGAUCUGUUGCAUGAGUCAUGACAAUCGCUUUUAAAGAAGGGAAAUUUACACAUUUAGACUCCCUAUAAUAAAUAUUUACACAUUUACGUUCCGUAUAAAUUUUUAUGGGAUUUGGAUGUAUUUNAUCU